AGAUAUUUUUAUCCAAUCCCUUCUCUUCUCUUCUCCUCGAUCAGUCGACGGCGACGGCGAGGAAGAACACCCAGAAACCCUAAAACGACCCUCUCUCUCUCUCUCUCUCUCUCUCUCUAUACCCGCAUUCCAAUUUUUAAGAUAGUAAAACAGAGCCAAUCUUACAGUUUCAUAGGGUUUUGAAGUUUCUCUGCAUUGAGAAGAAGGAAAUGGACUCGGAUGAGGGAAAGUUGUUUGUGGGUGGUAUAGCAUGGGAUACUACUGAAGAUAAGCUCAAAGAACACUUUGAGAAGUAUGGUCAAGUCAGAGAGGCUGUGAUCAUGAGAGAUCAAAUCACCAAACGACCCAGAGGUUUUGGUUUUGUUGUAUUUGAUGAUCCUUCCAAUCUCGAUGCUGCAAUUCAGGAAAAACAUUCUAUUAAUGGAAGAACCGUGGAGGCUAAAAGAGCUUUAUCGAGAGAAGAACAGCGAACCAGUCAAAAUCCUGUAAGAAGCAAUGUGGGAGGGGCAGGAAAUUACAGAACAAAAAAGAUAUUUGUUGGUGGUUUGCCUACCGCUCUGACAGAAGAAGAGUUUCGUCAAUAUUUCGAAACGUAUGGAAAAGUAACAGAUGUAGUUAUCAUGUACGAUCCAAACACUAAGCGUCCUCGUGGUUUUGGGUUCAUCACGUUUGAUUCAGAGAGCAUGGUGGAAAGGGUUCUCCACAAGUCCUUCCACGAACUGAACAACAAAAUGGUUGAGGUAAAGCCAGCUCUUCCCAAAGAAGUAAGCCCAGGUGGUGCAGUAGUUAGCCAAAUAGUAGGUGGCUAUGGACCCAGUUCUUAUCCUCCAACCACAUUCGAUGGUCAAUCGAUUGGUGGAAAUAGAUUGAUGCAGGUUCCAACAUCAAAUGGUCCAUUUGUAUCGUAUCCUAACUUUGGAAUGCCAACAUAUGCAUAUCCUAUGCCUAAUAUAGGAUAUGGAGGGUACAGUGGCGGUUACAGUGGCAGUUAUGUUGCAGGCCCUAGCAGCAGUUAUCUUGGUGGACCAUCUGGACCAAUGAGCAACCCAUGGAUCAACCAGUAUCCUCAUGGAUAUAUUGGUGGGGCGGUUUCUGGGUUAAUUGUUCCAACUAUGUAUGGUAACUAUGUUGGACCCGAUAGCUAUAUGAGCACUCGAACAGGAAACGGGCCAAAAAGGAAUGUUGUCACGAGCAGUAGAGCUAGAGGGCAGCAUGGGAGUCCUGCAAUGAGAUCAUCAGACUCUUGAUUGGAUAAUUGGAUUUGUUCUAACUUCUAGAUUGCCUUUACUUUGCCCGAAAAGAAGGAAGACCAGGCAAAAAAAUGGCAACUAAUUCUAACUUCUAAGCCAUUUUCAUUGCAAAUCUAGAAGUUGAUUUAGUUUGACAUAUUAAUUUCUCUUUGUUGCUACUGCAGUAUGUUUAGUAUCUCUUGUAUUUAUGUUUGUGUCUUUUAAGUUUGUGGUUAUGUUUCACGUGCUUCUAUUCUCCCAAUUGUUUUAACUCUAUUCUAUAUUGGUAUUCAAUCUAGAGGCAUGUCUGCUAACUCUUCUUUUCUUAUGGAUUUCACAAGCCUUUAUGA